UUCGUUCAUUGCAUGGUACACAGCUAGGUAAAACCUCUGGCAGGCGCAUCGUGGAGGACUCACAUUGCACAUACUGUACAUACUAUCUUAGGGCGUCGAACUAUACGGCCUACGUGGCCAUCAGAGAAACGUUCAAAUGGCCGAGCGCACCACCAACUCUCUCGGAAAACCUGCGGAAUAGUUUCUCAAAUUGCAGGUUGGGAGAAGCUUGGUGGAAACAAGGUGCUUACUAACACAAACCGCGCAUCUUUUUGACCUCGGUCGGAAGGGUUCCCGAUGCCCUCCUUCAAUAUCCGCUGCGUCAUCAUGAAGCUCUCCACUUUCCACAAAAGCGCACCGCCUAUCUGGGCGCUCAAUUACCUCUGGUUGUCACGGCUACCCAGUUGAUCACACACAUACUCUCUCUCUCAUAAUGUCUACACGAUCCGUCCCCACACUUACCCUCCAGGGCGCCCGCACCGCCCUCGCCGCCGCCGAGAGGCGCGCCCAAGAAAUCGGCGUACCCAUGAACAUCGCCGUCGUCGACAAUGGGCUGCACCUCCUCGCCUUCGCACGCAUGGACGGCGCGAAAAUCACAUCCAUCGAUAUUGCCAUCAACAAAGCGUUCACGGCGGCAGGACACCGCGCGCCGACGAGCGUCUACAAGGAGGCUGUCUGGCCUGGUGGACCGGCAUUUGGAAUCAACAACAGCAAUGGAGGAAGGUUUAUGACCAUUGCAGGAGGUGUGCCGGUGGUGCAGGAUGGCGUUGUUGUCGGCGCGGUUGGAUGCUCAACAGGGACGCCGCCGCAGGACGCGGAUGUUGCGGGGAAGGGAGUCGAAGCUGUGGUGAAGACAUUCGGUCCUAAAGCGAAGCUAUAGAUGAGACAUAAUGUGCGGUGGCAGCGUGGGCGGAGGUCGAGGUCGCAAAACUGUGCGCAUGGGAUUCUGCAGAGGCAUGAUCGUCAUUGCCGAAUUCGCCAUCUCGAUUUCCGAGCCAGGAGUUCGGCUUUGAUCAUCACAUGUAUGGUCGACCGGAGAACAUACAUAUGAUCAGCGUUUGUGAGGCGCUUAC